GCAAUGCAACAAUUUGGAUGCCAGCUGCCAUAAAAAACCCACCGAAGAAGAAGAAGAACGUAAAUACAUGACGUGAUCACGCACUGAUCCAAACUGUCCUUGAAGGUACAACACAGGCAAGAUGGUCGCAUAUUGGAGACAGGCAGGCCUCAGCUACAUCCGCUUCUCGUCUAUCUGCGCCAGCGCGGUGCGGGCUGCUAUGAAGCCGCAAUUCAAAGCCGAGGCACUGAAGGCCGCAGAGUCCAGCGUCAAGGUCCACAAAGCUAAAGUAGCAGCAUGAUUUGAGAAUCCAAUGUUGAUAAGUUUCCCCUUGAGUUGUGAGGUCCGUUCACUGUCCUGUCCUGCACGCUGCGGAGAAGAAAGAAAGAUGGAUGUCAUCAAGAUGAACCUGGAUGAAUUUGCUCUACUUUCCCUUUCAUUUGUAAUUUAAACCGUAUUAAAGAUGGAUAUCGGAAAUACA